AUGAAGGGCGUCGGAAGCCAGAGCCAAUGCUCACGGGGGGAAUACUCUAAGAACCGAUCCAGUUAUUCUGUGUAUCAUCCCUUUGCAGAAAUGAGUGAGCAGCCAGUGAUCUAUUCCAUGACUAAACAACAGGCAAAUGCCAAACAGCCUAGGAGAAAACCUCCCAACAAACCUAAAGGCAAAGAUAGGAAUGAACAGCAGCUGACCUAUGUGGAGGUGAAAUACCGCUCCCCUGAUCAUCAGGGAAGACAAAACUCUGCCGAGUGUAAAGAUUCUCCUGCUCCUUCUCCAUGGCGACUUGUUGCACUGAUUCUGGGAGUCCUCUGCCUUAGUCUGCUGGUGUUCAUCAGCAUCUCAGGCAUAAAAUUGUUUCAGGGGCCAAAAAUCUUCAAUGGUGACAAAGUCUGCCCAGGAAAUAUCACCUCAAACCAAGAAACAGGACAGAAUAUAAAUCCUCCGGGGACUCAACAGCCAUCAAACAAUGAAGAUCACGAAUGCCGCCUGUGUCCAAGGAGCUGGCACCAGCAUGGACAGAAAUGCUACAGGGUAUUUGCUUACUUGAACACGUGGCAAGGUUGCCAGAACUACUGUGCUUCUCAGGGCUCCGGCCUUUCAACUUUAAAGACGAAGAAGGAACUGGUAAGGAAGAAUCUAUUAGAAAUUCAGUGGGAAGCAAAGUCCUUUUUGAUAGAUGGCUCUGAAGAUAUGUGGUUCCUAAGCUCACCCUCAUAUAGCAUCAAUGGGAAAUCUGUGGAGUGUACGGAAGUCACCACCAGUAAUGGCUAUGAACAUUAA